AUGCACGAAGUCCUGCCCAGCAAUGUCCCGGCCGGGGCGGAGGGCGAUGGAAACGACAAGAUUGCGGAGGCGUGGAGAGAAAUGGAGAACAAAAUGAAAGAGCUGGCGGACUUGUCAAGAGGCAAAUAUGAUCCCGACCUCAAGGCGGAGACUGUGCAGGACAGUCUGGACGCCAUUCGGAACCCGCGUCGCAAGUCCGAAAAGGUGCAAAAAGUCAAGAAAAUCUUCAGUGAUACUCUAACAGUCAUUGGAGUCGUUGGAGGCAUGGUCGCAGAAGCCGCUUCUCAGGUCUUCGCGCCCGCCGGGCAAUGCUACAAUGCCCUCAACUUCGUCAUCAAUGCCUAUCAGGGCUAUCAACGUGCGUUUGAAUCGCUGGAGGAAAUUUUUGGAGAAUGUCACUAUUUUCUCAAUCGAUUGGCGCAGUACAGAUCAGUUAAAAUGUCCAAGGCCAUGGGCGAGAUCUGUUGCGACACGCUACGCUACUUCGUCCGUGUCUGCGGGAAAGCUAUUGAGUUGCGAACGUCAGUCCUAUUCAAGAUGGCGACCUUUGCAAAGGUCGCUUUUCUUUCAAGAGACGACUUCACCAACAUGCUGGACGAGAUGAAGAACCAGCUCGCUCGGCGUGAACUCAUGCAGUCCACGGCCGACACAUAUAAAAACUCCGCCCAAGCUAAGGAAUACGGCAAAAAAACGACAAACCUCCUAGAGGAUCAAGCCUUGGACAGGAGUGAAGAAAAGAGGAAGAAUAGUGACAAGGCUAUUCUCGCCGAUGCGCUCAUGUUUGAAGACGGCAAGGAGCCCGUCGCGAGCUGGACAACGACUUAUGAGCAUAUCCAGCAGAACACCGUAAAGAACACGGGCCAAUGGUUGCUACAGCAAAAGCCGUUCAAGUCCUGGAGGGAAAAGAAGAGCGACACACCUGUUCUGGCCAUUGUGGGUGAAGAGGCUGCUGGCAAGAGUUAUCUGGCUGCGAACACCAUUCAAAACCUUCGGGUCCACGGUUCCGGGGAGGGAAUCAGCUCGAGACAUAUGGUGGCUUUCUUUUUCCUGGGCGAGAAAAAGGAAAACGCAGGGGUUGACGCUCUUGGAAAAUCCAUUAUCUGGCAGUUCGCGAAAAGCGACGUGUCGUACAUGCAAUCUGCCGCAGCAACCUGCAGCAAGAAAGCUAUCGACCCGAAGGACUUCUUGACAGAGCUCCUUAUCAACAACCAUCGAGAACUGCAGAACAUCGAUGCGACAUUCUACAUCGUGAUCAACAAGCUGGGUGACAAGGACGGGAACGUUCACCCUGGAGUGGUGGACUUCUUGCGAGCCGCUGCCCAGUCCAGCAACAAGUCUGUUCGGAUCUUGUUUACCGCCAGGCAAGCAACGAUUGACAAGCUGCAACAGCAAAAGUUUAAGUUUCCUGUCAUUUCCAUGAACCAGAAUGACGAUGACCUCCGCAAGUACAUUGACGUACAAAUGGAUCGCACGGACGUUCUUUCCAAAACCGAAGUCGAAGAAGUCAUGAAGCUCCGGGACACUAUUCAAAAGAAGCUUCCCGUGAAUACAAAACGCAAUUACUUCAUGAUCGAGAACUUCUUAGAAGAGAUCGGCAAUAUGAAUCUCGAGAAGGAUAUCAGAAAGGCCCUCGACGAUGCCGGCGGAAAUUUGGAGCGGCGAAUCAGCGCCGAUAUCAAGAGACUCAAUGACGCUCGUACGAAGGAAGAGCUGGAGGAAAUCAACACGAUGAUCAUCUGGAUUACUUGUGCGAUGGAACGGAUGACAGUCGAAAAAAUGAAGGCUGUGCUGCAGUUCCAAAACCGGUCGGUCUCCCUCACCCCGUUGGAAGAGCGCAUGCGGAAGAAAUUUCUGUUGUUCGAAGUCGACAACGCUAGUUGCAUUGAUUUCAAAUCCGAGAUGAUCUUAAACGCCAUUGGCGAGCGUGCUGAGACCACCGAAAGGGUAGAGAUGAGCGGCGAUCUGGUUAACGAAGGCGAGGUCGACAUCCUUAAACAUUUCCUCCGCAACGUGUGUCCGCCCGAUCUGGUGCGAAAGUUGCAGCUGAAUGAGCAUUUCGAUACCAAACUGAAGCCUCCGGAAGAGAAGAUCUACAAAGAGGAUGAGAACACUGCUCAUUUCCUUUUGGCCAGGACCUGUGUCGGUGUCUUGGUUGAUGCGGAUAGUCUCACGUUGAAAGUGCUGCGAGGCUACGGCUCCCGUCACCUGAUGGAUCAUAUGUCUAGAGUGAACCUCGCUUUGAUCGAUCGUGGACUGAAAAAUGAGGUCGGGAUUAAUCUGGUCAAACUGUUUCGCGAUGGACUCGCCAUUGACAAUCUAUUCUGGGCAAAGAGAGUGUUGCCAUACUACCCAUCGUGGGUCUUUGAAGACAGCACUGGUACAGUCAAGGUGCUUCGUGACUGGCUCAAGCACAUUUCGCCUUCUCUGGAGAAUGAUCCGAAGGCAGAGGCAUGGCUGCGGGAGUUUUUGGAUGGAUCGACUCCUCUGAAGACACUGCUUGAGCCUUCUGUUCUCCGGAUGGCGUACUAUGCUUUUCAGCAGUUCGAGACUGAUGAUAUUACGGUUCAAGCAUUUGAUAUUGUGCUCACCUUUACGUCAAAAUUUGACGUUAUGCGUUUUGGUUCCCCCGAUGGAAAGAACCUUACGGUGUCGGACUUUUCUCGAAUUGAGAAUUGGUGCCUGGAAAAGCUACAAGCCAAAAAGAACUCUCUGUGGCAUUUGCAAAUGGCCAUCAUUCUGAGUCGCAAUGGUCAGAAAUCUGAGGCCAUAAAAAGAUGCCACGAGGCAAUUGCCGAAGACAAGAAAUCCUGGCGAGCGACUUUCCUUCUGGUCAAACUGACCGAUUCGAAGAAAGAUGCGAAGGACAUGCUGAGAGAUCUGAUUGUGCGCUGUGAAAGCGAUGCUUCGUGGGUUAAAGAGCAUCAAGAAAUCUUGGCCGAGAUGAAUUAUACCCUGGGCGAGCUCUACUGGGCCAGAAGCAAGUUUGAUGCGGCGGUCGCGGCAUACACCAAGUGCCUUGCUCGCCCCGAUUCCCGAUACGAGUUCCCGUUCCAGAUUCUCUUGAGAUAUCAUGAAGACCGACGAUUCCAAGACAUCCUCGACUCCCUUGAGCUCAUUAAGAGCAAAGAGUAUCUCGUCCCAAUGAUGCUUACGUUUGAGUACAUUGACCCAGAAAAGAAUAUGCACUCGAUUAUUUUGGAUGCGUCGUUGAACAAGGGAAAAUUCGACAUCAUCGACACCGUUUACCCAGUUGCAAUCAGAGCCGCAACGAAGGCCAAAGACAACCCCGUCUCAUUCAACCUUCAGCACAACUUCGCCUCUAUUCUUACUAUGGUUCCUUCGGGGUCGAAGGAGCCAGUGCUGUCGCUUUUGGAAAAUGCUGCCCACGUAUCCCCCUACACUGGAUUGGACCCUGCAGCUGCAUUUUUCGUCGUGGGCUACAGAAUAGGAACAAUCUACCUCCAAAAUGCCAAGAAAGCCAAGAAGGCACACAAUGAGGAAGAAGCGAAGAAGUGGCUGCAGGCAAUGAGCGAUAUCAUACCCGAGCAAGUCACUGAGUCUCAGAUGCGCCUCCCGCUGCGCCUUUUUGCUACCCGCUACUACGUCUCCAACGAGGAUUUGGGUACGGCCCAGAAGUACGCCCGCAAUACCUUCAAAGUUGCCUCCGAGCUCCUGUCCGACAAGGAUCCGACAAAUGACAUGUUUGCCUACGCAAAGAUUCUCUUCGGUACCAUUCCUUUCGGGGACGUCGCAAACGCCACAACGGCUCUUAUGUUGAUGAAGCUGGAGAGCCCCGACCGCGAAUUUUCCAUUGAAUGUUCGUGCGGCUGUGGUUCUUCAUGGGAUGCUCCUCGUGACAUGUAUUGGUGCAAGGAUUGUAUUAAGGUGGCGCUGAAGCCCCAGUGCAAAAACGACGUGACGAGCGGGAAGGCCACCCAUAGGUUUUGCCACCGCAGCCACGAGCAUCUGUAUAUCCCUGCCUCUGCCUGGGAUGAAGGAAAAAUGGCCAACUUUCCCGAGGGGCAGGUGCCAUGGAACGGCCAGAUCAUUACCAUGAAGAAGUGGAGGAGCAUCCUCGGCCAUAAGUACAACUUGAACAAAUGA